AUUCUUGCGGUUUUCAGGGCACCAGAAAGUUAGAAACCAACACCUUCCUCCCACGUUCCGAUCACUAACGCUUUGUUCUGUUACUGAAAAUGCCUGGACUGACGAUCGGCGACACUCUUCCAAACCUGGAAGUCGAAACCACAAAAGGAAAAUUCAAGCUUCACGACUACGUAGGAGAUGGCUGGGCCAUUAUCUUCUCUCACCCAGGGGACUUCACUCCGGUAUGCACGACGGAGUUGGGUAAGAUGGCAGCCUACGAAGAGGAAUUUAGCAAGCGAGGAGUGAAGCUACUGGGCCUCUCUUGCGAUGACAUCCAGUCCCACAACGACUGGAUCAAGGACAUUGAAGCCUACACUCCUGGGUGCAAGGUGAACUACCCGAUCGUUGCUGAUCCCAACAGGGAGAUCAUCAAACAUCUGAACAUGGUGGAUCCAGAUGAGAAGGACUCCACAGGAAACCCUGUGCCAUCCCGAGCGCUGCACAUCGUGGGCGGAGAUAAGGAAGUAAAGCUGAGCUUCCUAUACCCAGCCAGCACUGGGCGUAACAUGGAGGAGAUACUGAGGGUGGUGGACUCCCUGCAGAAGGCAGCGAAGCAUAAGGUGGCGACUCCGGCGAAUUGGAAGCAGGGGGAUCCCGUCGUGAUUUCACCCACCGUGUCCAAUGAACAGGCCAAGCAGAUGUUCCCUCAGGGUUAUAAGAUCGCAGAUCUCCCCUCCAAGAAGGAAUAUCUCCGUUUUACCAACGUCUGAUUCUGAUACAUCUCUAUCUCUGCCUAUCAUAUAUUUAUAUGUAUGCCAAUAGGGUAUAGGUUAAUUAUUAGACUGUGUUUGGAUGUGAACUAUAUAAAUAUGAAUACUGGUGCACUAAUGGACCCUGCAUGUUUGUUCUGAGUUUUACUUGUUACCGGUAUCAAGACUCAAGAACUCAAGAUCUCACCUUUUUUUUUUUUGUAAUUGUCUUUUGGGUAUCUGGAUAGUCGGGCUAAUGGGUCCAAAUAUCUCGAUUGUUGGGUUAAUGGGUCCUUGUGGAGGAAUAUAAUCUAUGGAGAGCCUGUAAAGAUAGGAGGCAUCUCCCUUUGUUCCCAA